CAAGGCCGGACGAAGGCCUCCCUCCACACGCCGGUGUGGGCCGACGGACCAACGAUUCAACACGCCGGGCAGAUCAACAAAUCGUAACCGGGAGGUUCGGGACUGGAUGCCACCUGGGGCCCUCUCAGUCGUUAACGACAACAACAACAAUCACGAUCAUCAACAACAACAACCACGGAGCUGCUGUGGAGCCGGCCUUCUUCUGUGACGAGAUGAAGAGGAUGUGCCAGCGGGCAGGCCGCCACGACGAGGAGGAGGAGGAGGGGGGAGGUGGCGACGAUGACGACGACAACGAGGGGAAGCAGCAGGAGGAGGAGGAUGAGGAGAUCUCCAUAAUCGUGUACUUGGGGGACAUCGAGAAACGGGGCAAGCUGCAGGAGAAGAUCAAAUCGGGAGGAUUCCACAUCCUGCUCACCACCUACGAGCUGUGCCUCAAGGACGCGGCCUUCCUCGGCAGCCUGCCGUGGUCCGUCCUGGUGGUGGACGAGGGCCACCGCCUCAAGUCGCAGAGCUCGCUGCUGCAUCAGGCGCUGCUCGAGUUCGACAUCGGGCAGCGCGUCCUGCUCACGGGCACGCCCGUCCAGAACAACCUGGCGGAGCUCUACUCCCUGCUCAGCUUCGUGUCGGCGGGCACCUUCGCGCCCGAGGGCCUGCGGGCCUUCGUGCAGCGCUUCGCGGGCGUCGGCAGCGACCCCGAGCGCGCCUCGGAGCUGGGCGACCUCCUGGGCCCCUUCGUGCUGCGCCGCCUCAAGACGGAGGUGGCGGCCGAGCUGCCCGCGAAGACGGAGCUGGUGCUCUACCACGGCGUGUCGGCGCUGCAGAAGCAGUACUACCGCGCCAUCCUGUCGCGCGACCUCGACGCCCUGGAGGACCCCACGACGGGCGCGCGCGUCAGGCUCAUGAACAUCCUCAUGCAGCUGCGCAAGUGCGUCGACCACCCCUACCUGUUCAACGGCGCCGAACCCGAGCCCUUCGUGGAGGGCGAGCACCUGGUGAGCGCCAGCGGCAAGCUGCUGGCGCUCGACCGCAUCCUGGCGCUGCUGCGCCGCGAGGGCCACCGCGCGCUCAUCUUCUCGCAGAUGACGCGCAUGCUCGACAUCCUGCAGGACUUCCUCGAGUUUCGCGGCUACAGCUACGAGCGCCUGGACGGCUCCGUGCGCGGCGAGGAGCGACACCUGGCCAUCAAGUCGUUCGGCCAGAAGGACAUCUUCGUCUUCCUGCUGAGCACGCGCGCCGGCGGCGUCGGCCUGAACCUCACGGCCGCCGACACGGUCGUCUUCGUGGACAGCGACUUCAACCCGCAGAACGACGCGCAGGCGGCCGCACGGGCCCACCGCAUCGGGCAGACGCGGCCGGUGAAGGUGAUCCGGCUCAUCGGGCGCAGCACCGUGGAGGAGGUGAUAUACCGGCGGGCAGGAGCCAAGCUGCGGCUCACGCACGCCGUGACGGCGCAGAUGAGGGAGGACAGCGAUUCCAACGACAUGAAGGACGAGUCUCCGAAGCAGUUGUCGGAAAUCCUGCUGGCCGGCCUCGGGACGCUGAUGGAGUCGGACGAGGGCUCCUCCGUGGAGAUGGACCUACAGGCCAUUCUGGGAGAGAGCCGCGACGGGUGCUGGGUGAUCAAGGAGCCGCCCGCGGAAGGCGUGGACGCUCCUCCGCGGAGGGGCGCGCUCCGUCGGCAGACGGAAGAUGACCGGCGCAUUCUGGAGAGCGCGGAUUACUUGAGGGCGCCCGCCAGCUCGUCCGACCUCACCGCCCUGUCGCUGCUGCGUCAGGAUAUGAACAGCCGGGCGGGCGGCGCCGGGGGUUCGUCGCAGAGUUCGGCGGCGCUGGCCCUGCCUGUCCGGCGCGAGCGGUUGCCGCUCACGGAGGAAGAGCGAGCCAAGAGGAAGGAGCGGCGCCGGCAGCUGGACAGGGAGCGCGACCGCGCCCUGGCCGCGAAGAGGGCCCGCAUGGACGUGGAGCGUCAGCGCAAGAAGCUGGCGCUCUGGAAGGAGGCCGGCUACGAGUCGCUCAACGUGGCGCUGCGCGGGGAGGGCGCCGCGUCGGACGACGCAAGCGGAAGCGACGAAGACGUCGAGGGUGGCGCUUCGGACGAGGAGGAGGACGAAGAGGGGGAGGGGGGGCAGAUCCGCUACGUCCUGGGCGACGUGACGCUGCCCGACGCCCCCGCGGGGCGCAAUGCCAUCGUGGUGCACUGCGUGGACAACUCGGGCCGCUGGGGCCACGGGGGCCUCUUUUCCGCGCUCGACAAGAGGUCGACGCAGCCCAAGCGCCACUACGCGCGCGCCGGCAAGAUGGGAGACCUGGCGCUCGGGGACGCGCACCUCAUUCCCGUGGACGACCGCGUGAGCCGCGCCGGCGGCGUCGACACGCUGGCCCUCGUCGUGGCCCAGAGCCGCGACCCGAACAACGUCCUGUCGGGGAUCUCGCUGGCGGCCCUGGAGACGGGCCUCAGGCGCGUGCGGCGAGCGGCACGCAGGCUCCGCGCCGGCGUCCACCUGCCGAGGAUCGGGCACGCGACGCCGGGCUUCAACUGGUAUGCCACGGAGAGGCUCGUCCGCAAGCACCUGGUGUCGCGCGGCGUUCCCACGUACAUCUACUACCACCCGAGGAGGACUCGCCAAGGGGCUGCUGCGUCCGCCGCCCGGCCUUCCUCCACGCCCAAACCCGCAGCCUUCGCCUCAUCCGCGGCCUCCACGACCUCUGUGGCCUCCGCCCAAACGGCGGCGCAAUCCGCGGCGACCCACAAGCCGGGCCCCAGCGUGUCCGCCUGCAUCAAACCGGCUUCAGCUGCCGCCCUCUCUCCAUCCUCUUCCUCAUCCUCCUCCUCGUUGACCCGUCCUCCUCCUCUGUCGUCGUCGUCGUCACCGUCUCUCGCGGCCGGUCCCGGCGACCCGAACGCGGCCGGUUCACCGACGGGGCAGUCGGACUCCUGGUCGCUGGGGUUCCCGGACUUCAUGUCGGGGGUGCGCGCGCGCUUCCUCGGGCUCCCCGAGGCAGAGGUGGCGCGCCUCGCCCGCUACCUCGUCACGUUCGACGGCGACGUGAGCGCCGGCGUGGACGCCGACACCACGCACCUGGUGACGGCGGGGCGGGAGCCCGGCUCCGGCGACGCCGAGACGCUGCGGGAGGCGGUGCGCCGGCGGCCCGACCUCACCGUGGUGACGGCCGCGUGGCUCCGGGCCUGCUUCUCCGCUCGCGAGAAGCUGCCCUGCGCUCCGUUCGUCGUUGACGUUUAAACGCGGCGGCUGCGGCCGCUGCCGCCACUCGCGCUGCGUGACGGUGUUUCUGCGGUCGCGCCGCGCAGCUCUCGCGAUGGGUCUUCUGGUCGUGCCGCGCGUUGUUCGGCACGACGUUCCCUUCCAUUCCUGAGGGGGUGGCGAGAUGUUAACUACCUCGCCUGGUACACAGGAGGUCGUGGGUUCGAUCCUGUCCCUGACGCCUGCUGUACAUUUGGAAGUUUACGUGUCUCUCUCUCCCCGUGGUCUCGUAGAUUUUUCUCCGGGUCUUUUGGAUUUUCUCUCCACAUUUAGAAUCAACAUCACGCGUUUCGAGUAUUCGGCUGCAAUACAUUUCCACCUGAUAAGCUAAUUCGUGAAGCUAUGAUUUGUGAUAGCCACGUCGCUUCUGAAAAAGAGCUACACAGCUCUGGGGGCCUUAGCUGGUAGAAUAAAAAGUAGUUCAGCGUUACAGUUUAUUUAUAAAAGCUCCCGGCCCUUGGAGCGAAACGGCGGACAUCGUGCCGAGCGACACGCGGUGUGACCUGAACACAGGCGCCAUGGAUCGUUUUUGCUGUUAACCUCCUCCCCCUCCCCACCAUCAAUGUGCUGGUCAGACCUCGCGUCGAUAGCCGAAGAUAUUUUAUUUGACAUUCAGAAGGGGGCAGCCAGCGGUGCAUCACCCUGUGUCAGAGAACGCCCCCCCCCCCCCCCCCGCGGAAGACGACGUGAUAGAACUACUUCUGAGCUGACUGCAGUCGGCCUCUCGAAGCCACGCUCGGCAGCAAACCUUUUUCAUGCCCCAUGCAGAGGAUCGAAUGCCAAAAUAGAUUGAAUUUGUUUUAAUUCUCACAGCAGGACUUAAGCUAAUAUAAGCGACGAAUCUAAUUACAGGGACUCCUCUGUCAUCAUGGGAGCUCCUUUGCUGUACCAAAAUAUAAGAAUAGGUUUUCCCCUUUUUGCUGGCAAAAAAAUAAGUGUUUAAAAUGUUAGAACACCAAACUGAAACCUUUUAAACGAAAUCAUGUCUGCAUUAACCACAAUACUUGUGGUCAGAAUGCAAACAAAAACAUACUCUGAUAAUAUAUGGGCAUUGUCCUUGAAACUGAUUGGUCCACACCAGAGACGCCAAAAGGUGGUGUUUGACCAGAGGCCUUUGGGCGUCCUCUGGUCGAACACCGAGACUCGGCUCAAAAGAAAGCUGUCCCUGGUGUAGACCCCCUGCGUGGACGCGGCGGCGUCUUGUUCCGUGUGAGCGAGUUGAGCCCCCUCGAGCUCCCAGGUAGCUUGGUGGUUGUGUUGACCCCUUACCCCUCCCCCGUGCUGUGAUUACCAAUCAUCCGGUGCGUGCGGCAAGUAAGCGAAUUAGCUUGUGAAAGGAAGAUGAGAUUUGUAAUUGCCUAGAGCUGCACUUAGAUAUCAUAUAGACCCAUAGAGGUGCAUAGAAAGCCAUUUAGAUAAAUUCAGGCUCAUAGAGAUACAUAGAUUGCGAGAGAUACAUGGAGACCCGUCGAGAUGCAUUAAAGACGAGGCACAGGAGUGAGAUUGUGGCCAAGCCACCCACACUUUGGCCCACGCAGUCAACACCACUGUGGUCUACGCACCCUCAACGCAGGAGGAACAGCGGCACCACGCGAACUCUCUCCCUGCUGAAGCCCUCUCGUCAUCCUGAUAGCAGCAGCAGCAGCCAGACCUCGACAUUGGCACUUAGCUCAUGAACCUAUCGCCCGCCACUCGCAACGGGUGAAAUCAUUUGGCUGUCACCUGAUGAAGCUGGUUGUAAUUACUGGCGAAACGUCGUACUCGGAUUGUAAAUGUUGUGGCUUGGCUCUCCAACACACAGGUUAGUGCUGUACGAGUGACGAAUUGGCCACGUUCUGUUUACGUGACAACCCUUACUAGUUGGCCGUGUCGGGUGGUGGUGGGUUUUAACGACACAUUUAUACAUUUACGGGAUCUAACCCAACAAAAACCUCGAUUGUGAGAUAAUUUCAGUUUACAUUUGGCGUCAUUCUGCUGACGAUCGCCAGAAUUGACUGUGCUUUUGUAUUUCACACACUCAGUAACAUUCUUAACUAUUUGUACUGUACUUUAGUAAUGUUUCUGUUUUUUAAUCUCAUUGUCAAAGCUAAUACACUACAGUACACGGACGGCAAAGUGGUAAAUAAAUACGAAUACAACA